CUUCAAUUCAACUUUUAACUUACAAAAUUCAUUUUCUUGUGAUCACAUUAUUCCAUUUUUUAUCAAUUAAGAGGAAAAUAAUUUAGAAAUUAACACAAUCAUGUCUUAUGGUGAAAGUGGGUAUGGUGGAAGUGGAAUUGAAUCUGAUGAAACCGGAUAUGGAAAUCGGUCCGAAUACGGAAAACCCAAAAAGGCAAUUGGAUCUGGAUAUGGACGGAACGACGAUGAUGAGCCCACAUCUGAAUAUGGAUCGGGAUACGGAACGAAAAGUGAGUAUGAAGAGAAAAAUUCGGGAUACGGGUCUAGUUAUGGAAAAAAUUCUACUCAUGACUCUGAUGAUCAGUACGGGUCUGGUGGAUAUGGGAGCAAAACCGCAUCUGGCGGGUAUGGAGGAAAAAGUGGAUACGAGAAUAAGAGUUCAGAAUACGGAUCUGGUUAUGGAAAUGAAUCGGGUGGAUAUGGUAGUAAUACUACAUCCACCGGGUAUGGAUCAGGGAACAUAAGAAAGAGUGGUGAUGAUGAUGAAGGGAAAAAUAUGACAUACGGGUCAAGUUAUGGACGAAAGACCGAUUCUGAUGAGUAUGGAUCUAGUGGAUAUGGAAAAAAGAGCGAAGGGUACGAAAGUUCAACAAUUGAGAGGCCUAGUUAUGGAAGGUCCGAGGAAGACGACUACAAGAAGCCUAGCUAUGGGAAGCGUGAUGACGAUGAUGAAGGCUAUGGUCACAAGAAAUAUGGUGAUUCUGACUUUGACUCUGGUUCUAACAAUGAGGGGAAGAAAAAUCGUCCCAGAAAGCAUUCCGACGACGAUUACGCAGAGUGAUUUUGUCACUUUGUGCCAGAUUUAUGCAUUAUUACAAGUAUUUAGUAUAAAUAAAAAUUGGCAUGUCUUCACAGUGUUUUUGUUACAUUGCAGACACUGAUGAUUAGGCAGAGAUACUUUUCUCAUCCUCUCCAAAUUCAUGCCAUAUUACUUAGUUACUAGGAUACGUACUCAAUGCGCAGUUUUUUUUUCUUUCAAAAGAGCGAAGAGAGAAGAAAUGCUGGUAAUUAUUUGUAUCAAUAGAUACUUUGCUCUUCUCUACUUAAAUAAAAUUUCAAACUUUUU